GGCCCUGUAAAUCAGCUACCCAAUCCGCUAAAACCCAGAGGAUCACCAGAUCGUCGCGAAAGGCCUUAAUGAAUCUUCAGGAACAUUCUACUACACCUCUAAGCACAAAAACCACAAGUUCUGUUGAAGCUGUUCACACUACUCCAGCUGUCACACCAAAGUUUGAUCCAAAACUCCCCCUCAACUUAGCAGCCCUACGUCAACCAAAAGUUGGAGAAAUCAUCAUGUCUCUAGGUGGUAGUCCACUACAAAAUAUAUCAGAUGUCCAAAAUAAAAAACCGGGUGUUACCGUUUCCUUGGGAGAUGGAACGGUCGUCAAUCUUUCAAAGGAACCUACGUUGAAUGGUGUACCGAACCUUAGCCACUCCCUUAAAAAUGAACUUUUGAUUGUUCAGCAGAAGAUCUCACAACUGAUACAGCUUCCAAAGUCUUAAUUCAACUUUUUUUUUACUUUUAUCAAUAUAUCAGUUUUUUAUAGUUUUUCACGGUAUAUUUCUCUAAUUUUUUUAACCUAUUGGUCUUUAGUAUGUUGAGGCAAUUUCAUUUACCAAGUAUAAGACACAAUAUGUAUAUACGUUUCUUUUGUAAAGUACAGAUAAAAGUUCCUAGUUUUGUUUGUUUUACCUCUUUCCACCACUGAAAGAGAAAGCAGAUAAUUGGAACAAAAAUUAUUCAAAGUUUUUUGGCUGCAACGUAUCAUCAUGUAAUACUCUUGGCUCUUGUUUUCUUCUCCGUUUAAAAUAAAAAUGUUUGUGAAACUACACUAUUUGUGUAAACUUAUGUUUCUGGAGUAUGGAUAUGUAUACAACAGUUCUGUGAUUCAAAACCUGUUAAUGUUUGAAUAAAAAUAAACCUUCUUUUGUGCAUAAAAAAAAUAAAAUCUCAUUUUGAUUGAUUUCUUCUGCCGAGCAUCCAGUGUGUGUGACAUCAACCAUUUUGGUUAACAUUUUCUUUUUAUCAACAUUUUUUUU